GCUGACGGAGGGGGAGAGAGAAAGAGAAGCGAGGGGGGGGACUUCAGUAGAGUAUGUAAUAGGAAACCAGCCCUUUCUCUCUCUCCUCCUCUCUCUCCCCUUCCCUCUAUCAUCUCUUUCUCUUUCACUCAUCAAGUCAGUCCUGCAGGCGGUUGGAUGGAAUAGCAGCAGCUCUCUCUUCUCUGCCUUCUUUCUGGGAGAGUCACCAGGGAACCGUCUCAGUGGUACUAAAGUGAUUGAAGAGGAUAAGGACUGGGUCAACACAAGAACAAACAGGGAACCAGGGCUUUGGGAUCGGGACAGAGACAGAGCAGGAGAGGAAACCUUAUAAGGUUAUUUGGACUAGGUGUGGUUCCUGAGGCCCUGCUGUCAUGAGGUGGCCGGAAGGGGUCGUGAAGACCCCGCCCUGGAUAAGAGUCGGAUCCACCCUCCUGGCUCUCUCUCUCCUCCUCACUUGUGUCUCCAGCUUCCUCCAGCCACUGCCAAGAGUCUUCCUCUCCUUCGAAGACCUGCAGGCCUCCCAGACGGUGGAGUACUACAGUCUGUCAGACAAGGCCAUGGACUACAGGAUCCUGUUGAUGGAUGAGGACCAGGACAGGAUGUAUGUAGGCUGUAAGGACCAUGUCCUGUCUAUGGACAUCAACAACAUCACCCAUGGGACACUCAAGGUGUUUUGGCCUGCAUCUGUUAGCAAGAUUGAGGAAUGCCAAAUGGCUGGCAAGGACCCCACGCAUGGAUGUGGUAACUUCAUCCGGGUGGUCCAGCCGUUCAACAGAACCCAUCUGUUCAUCUGUGGGAGUGGUGCCUACAGUCCUGUCUGUGCCUUCAUCAACAGGGGCAGGAGACCAGAAGAGCAAGUGUUCCACAUUGACUCCAGAGCGGAAUCUGGGAAGGGAAGGUGCUCCUUCAGUCCUAGAGUCAACACUGUCUCCGUCAUGCUUAACCAGGAGCUGUUCUCAGGCAUGUACAUAGACUUCAUGGGGACGGACGCUGCCAUCUUCAGGAGCCUCACCAGGAGGAACGCAGUGAGGACAGACCAGCACAACUCCAAGUGGCUGAGUGAACCCAUCUUCAUAGAUGCCCAGUUAAUCCCAGAUGGAUCGGAUCCCAACGAUGCUAAACUGUAUUUCUUCCUCCGGGAGAGACUGACGGACAACAGUGGAAAUACCAAGAACAUCCACACCAUGGUCGCUAGAGUGUGUCCUAAUGACAUAGGUGGCCAGCGUAGCCUGGUGAACAAGUGGACCACGUUCCUGAAGGCCCGGAUGGUGUGUUCAGUUCUGGAGGAGGACGGCACCGAGACACACUUUGACGAGCUCGAGAGUGUGUUUUCACUGGAAACCGAUCACCCCAAGAGCUUCCUGGUGUUCGGCGUCUUCACGUCCACAAGCUCAGUGUUUAAGGGCUCGGCCGUGUGUGUGUACAACAUGGCGGACAUCUUGACAGUCUUCAAUGGGCCGUUCGCUCACAGAGAUGGGCCGAACUUUCAGUGGGUGGCGUACCAGGGACGGAUCCCCUACCCCCGGCCUGGAACAUGUCCAGGCGGAGCCUUCACCCCUCACAUUCAGAGCACCAAGGAGUUCCCUGAUGACGUGGUGACGUUUGUCAGGAACCACCCGGUCAUGUUCAAUUCUAUCUACCCCGUGGGCAGGAGGCCCCUGGUGGUCAGAACGCAAGCUGACUACAAGUACACCUCCAUCGCUGUGGACCAGGUGACCGCCGCAGACGGGCACUACCAGGUCCUCUUCCUGGGCACAGACAAAGGGACAGUGCAAAAGGUCAUCGCUCUCCCCACAAACCGCUCCCUGGACCAGGAUCUGAUACUAGAAGAGCUGGAAGUGUUUAAGAACCAAGCUCCAGUGACAAACUUGAGAAUAUCUCCCAAAAAACAACAGCUGUACGUAAGUUCAGAGCAUGGCAUGUCCCAAGUGUCUCUGCACCGUUGCCAUGCCUACGGCUCAGCCUGCGCCGACUGCUGCCUGGCCAGAGACCCCUACUGUGCCUGGGACGGCCUGAGCUGCUCCCGCUUCUACCCCACUGGCAAGAGAAGGAGCAGAAGACAGGACAUCAUCCAUGGCAACCCACUGACUCAGUGCAGAGGAUUCAACCUGAAAGCGUACAGGAACGCGGUGGAGAUGACCCAGUAUGGGGUAAAGAACAACACCACCUUCCUAGAGUGUCUUCCUAAGUCCCCUCAGGCCUCCGUCCGCUGGCUCAUCCACAGAGACAAUGACAGGAGGAAAGAGGUGAAGCUGGGUGAUCGUGUGGUCGCCACUGACCACGGCCUGCUCAUCCGCUCCGUCCAGCUCUCCGACCAGGGCCUGUACUAUUGCCUGGCCACAGAGAACACCUUCAAGCGCACCGUGGCCAAGCUCCGCCUGCGUGUCCUGAGUGAGGCCAUGGUGUCAGUGCUGAUGGACAAGCAGCAGUCUCCCUGGGCCUGGGCCAGCACCCUGCACCCCAAGGCCCUGCUCUCAGCCUUCAGCCCUGCAGAGAGCCUGGCCGUACAGCAAUACUGUAAGGAGAGAAAGCAGCUCCAGAGCUUACAGGGGGCCAAGCAGCAUAAGGGGCCGAGGGCAGGGCCUCCUCUCCGGGGAGACAUGGCCAAGCUCAAGCCCCUGCUAGACCUCCGGAAGAGCCGCAACCGCAGGAACCACCUGGAACUGCCUGAUGAUGUUUGACUGGGGGAGACAAGGGGUUAAUAGGGCUGUGGAGAGGGGGGUAUACAUGAACACACACACACCUGGCCACACACACAACCCCCGAGCUCCCACCCUGCCCAGAGGUAAUGGACCUGAACUGAACGCUUCCCCAGCUCUAGCAACUAUAGGUUUACAAGGAGGAAGUGGGACUCACCCUGCCUGGGGCUGUCUGUAGUCUUAUAUGCAUGAGGUACGCUGACCAGAUUACUGUGAUAUACAUACACACCUCACAUCCUGUCACACUCGCCAUUUAGACAGAGGUGUGAUCCCUGACCCUGGAUCAGGACACAUGGAGAUGUGUGGAUUUAGGCAUCAGGUUCAGGUGUCUUAGGCUACAUACACAGGAUGACUUACUGCAUUCACUGCUGCUCACGUAGUUGUAUGAUAAUACUUGCCACACAUGUAUACUGUAGUCACGCUAUACAGUAGGCAAUGGUCUGAUAGCAGUAAUGUAGUAUAUUGCAGUAUAGACAUUUAUAGAAUGGGGAAAUGUAUCAGGCAGCAUGUAAUGGCUUAAUAUGAAUGGAUGUCUGGUCCAAGGAGAACAAACCUGGAGUUACAGAUGGUGAAGAUUGUGAUUUGAGUAGGGAAAUCCUUGGCAUAUUAAUUUGCAUAUCCAAGAAGGAUGUUUUAUAGGGAGCACCCUAGCUGUUUACACUCUGCUCUGCAACUGUACAUUGACUCAUAUUCAUCCAUAUGAACACUGUUUACAACUACCACCUAUUACAGUUUUACAUUUGACAAAACGACAGGGCUAUCGUCAAUAUCAGAAACAAAUCUCUCAUUGUAUGACCCGUUUCUAUGUACACAUUGUAGCUCUGUCUCUAUGGAGGAACUCUAUCCCUCCUAACACCAGAUAAAAUGGCAGCACUGUCUAUACAAAGGGCAUAUUGUCCAUUCUAAGUGGUCCCAAUAAAAAUAUUCCAGCCUUGGAAAUGAAAACAUAGUGGCUAGGCCAAAGUACACCUCCAGCUCAGCUGCCACCCAUAUGGAUAGUACUGUUACACUAGAACAUGUAGCGCUGUGUGAGCAAAGAACCUUUGUUGAGAGGGAUUCUGCUCAAUUUAUUACAGGAACACAGGCAAGACCACCCUACAUGUUCACAAUCCUUAGUCAUUUUCUAAACAUCACGUUUAAUAGGACAAAGGUCAUGUAAAUGUUAGGUCACAGCAUCCUUACAUUCUGUCUUCUUUCCUGUAUUUAUUCACGUUACUUGGAAUAUUUAUGUUCUUAAAUGGUACGGGACAUUGUGCCAUACUCUACAAGUAUCUUUCCAUUAUCUCUUUGAUAGUGUAUGAUACUGUGUUAUCAGCACAUAGGCAUGUUAAUGUAUAUAAAAUCCAUCUAAACUUUGUGGCUAUUUGCAAUACAUCGCUGGAUUGGUUUUAUACCGAUGGAGUAUAGCAGUCACGCACAUCCUAGCUUUUGUAUUCAGGUACAUGCAUGUAUACACUCCUGAUUUUGGGGUUUGCAUUUUCUUGAUCCAUGAUUUGAUGAGAUAUAUUUAAUCUCCUUACUGAGUUUUAAUUUCACGUACAGCAAGACAGACAUGCACGAUCAGAAAUAAUCAUGAAGAACAUUUCACUUGAAUAACAUUCUAAUCAUUUUGAAUAAUGCAUUUAAUUCACAGUUUGUGAGAUGGUCAGAUUGGUGCACUCUGUUUAUAAAGUGUGAAUAGCUCUUUCCUGUUUGUCUCAGAAGUAUAGUCUGUGUAGAUGUAUUCAUGGUUGGUAUGUGUACAGUGUUUUUCAUCCUAUAUUUUCAUCAUUGUAACUUAUGUCAUUGUGUCCAGUUUUUGUGGAUCUGCGCUUUUGAAUGUGACCCUAGUGUAUAUAAUUUAACAUAUUCAAUCAAAUAUUCUAGACCGUAUCUGCAAAUCGUAGAGAUACUAUUUUAAAUUUGACAAAAUAUUUUUUGAAGGUCUGGCUUUUCCUUAACAUAAAUCUCUAGACUGACGACUCAUUUAAGUUUUGAGAUCAAUUCAAACUUUUAACAAAGAAGUGUCGUCAUAGUGAAUGUUCAAUGUCAUGUCCAUGUUAUCAUAAAACUGGUGUAUUUCUAUUUAUUAACGUAAUGACAGCCUGAAUAAAUGCAUUUAGAAAGUA